CCCACUUUAUUCCAGGCUACAGUUAAGUGGCUCGAAGCCUUCAGAGACGCACAGGGUUGUAGUAUCAAGACAGAGCAAUAGGCAGAGACGCGUACCCAUGUGACAUGUGAACGAAAGCCAAAGACAAAGGUAGAAAUCUCUCCUACACACAGUGAGGCGUCUGGCGGCGUGCGUGCAGAGGACACACACACAUCGACACACACACUCACACACAGAGGAUGCUCCAAAUCAAAUCCAUGAGGGCUUUUUGCAUCGUCUGGAAAUCCACGGCUUCAGUUAAAUGAUUCAUGAGAGCCUGUUUCUAUUUCUAAGGGAGUAAUUGCGCUCGCGGUGAGUUUCAGCUGAAGCCGGCCACCAAACAGUCUGCACGAGGACGGCGCGUGGAAAGCUUGGGAGCACAGGAAAUUCUAAAAGUCAGUUGAUUUUUGGGGAGUUUGAGAAGCGUUCCUGUUAACCUGCACUGACUGGACCUCAUCUGUCAGAGGGAUCAACUGUUGCUGCAGCCGUAGCGAGCACACGCACACACACACAAACACACACACGCACACACACACAAUCACACAGCCAUCAUCCAAGUAGGUCUGGCUCUCAUCAUGGAUGUUUGACCGCCACUUUGGUCCUGCAUGCAGCCAACAAACAGCCGGUGUUGUGCCCUUAACAUGGAAGAGAGACUGAUCCUGUUGUGGAUGCCUCGGGUACACCUUCAUCUGUUGUGAUGGGAUGCCACAUUGUUGCUCAGAGGAGAAUGAUAAUAUCCCACACCGCUGCCGGCUUUUCCCAUACUGGUUGAUCAUCCGUGUGUGAAACGAGACACAUCUUUCUUUGUAUAAAGGAGCAGUUUGGGCAUUUAAACCCACUGGCAGACGUCAACACUGACAGGCUUUUUUUAUUAGAGGCUAGUGACCUUGCCCGAUUUUGGACUGUAUUGAGCGGGAGAUCACCAUGCUGAUGAUGAUGAAGAACGGCGGCGGCGGCAUGGAUGCGCUUCAGGUUGACAUCGAUUCGGAAUUUGAGCCUCAUAGUCGCUCGCGGUCGUGCACCUGGCCGCUGCCGUGUCCGGAGGAUUUCCCCGGGGGGGGAGAGGAGGCGACGCGAGCGGGUCUGGCUCUGGCGUCGGUCAAAGUGGAGCAGUACAACGUGUCCGCGUGCCGAGCCGAGAGAAAAGGCGGCGCGCCAGCGGAGAUCAAGCACCCGGCCGGCGCCCCGGCCCCGGUCGCGGCCGCUCCUGCCUGCAUGUCCGGGGCUGCGCUCGAUGUGGCCGGCCAGCUGCGCAAAGCCAAGUCCUCCCGGCGAAACGCGUGGGGGAACCUGUCUUAUGCAGACCUCAUUACCCGUGCCAUCGAGAGCACCCCGGACAAGAGACUCACCCUGUCCCAAAUCUAUGACUGGAUGGUUCGCUUUGUUCCUUAUUUCAAAGAUAAAGGCGACAGCAACAGUUCAGCCGGAUGGAAGAAUUCAAUCAGACACAAUCUGUCCCUGCACAGUCGCUUCAUCAGGGUGCAAAAUGAAGGGACGGGGAAGAGUUCAUGGUGGAUGCUGAACCCAGAAGGAGGGAAGAUGGGCAAAGGCCCCAGACGAAGGGCGGCCUCUAUAGACAAUGGCACCCGCUACCUGAAGACCAAGGGUCGCAUUAGCCGUAAAAGAGCAGGGGCCAUAGGCCUUGGACGGGGACAAGGCCAGGGUGCCGGACCCACAAUGCAAGGUUCCCCCGAGCAUGGCAGUCCAGCAGGAAAAGGAGGUGUGAGUAUGGGGGGUGAGGAGUUUGACACCUGGACGGACCUCCAUUCCCGCACCUCCUCCUCUGCCUCCACACUGAGUGGCUGCCUGUCCCCAAUCCUGGCUGAGGCGGAGGCUGACGAACCGGAGGAGGGUGGGCUGUCCUGUUCAGCCUCCCCUCGACUGUACCCCAGCCCCACCAGCACCCGCUCCCCGGCCCUGGGCACUGGGGGCCACUGUCCAACCGUGGAGCUGCCCCAGCUGACUGACCUGACAGGGGCUAUUAGUCUAGAUGAGAGUGGCUACCCCCAACCACAGCAAAUCAAAUGCAACGGUUAUCCCUACGCACCUGCGCCCAAGGCAGAGGGCUCCUACUGUGGGCCCAUGUAUGGACAGCCAUCCAUGGGCAUGCUCCGGCAUCACACUCCCAUGGAGACCAUCCAGGAGAACAAGCCAGUCAGCUUCCAGCGCCAAAUGAGGGGCUACUCAGAGAACAACGCUCUACAAAGUCUGCUUACUGAGGGACCUCCGUACUGCAACAAAGACACAGUGCUGGUCCCGGUACGCGAAUCACACACACUAAUGACACAGGGGACAAAUGGCGCUCAUAGCCAGCACAGCCACAAUCAGAAUCACAGCCACAAUCAUAACCACAAUCACAGCCAGGAGCAUGCUCAUAAUCCUGGUCUACACAAUGGCCAUGGCUCAGUCCAUGACCAGAACACAACCCACCGUCAGAACCACAAUCAGGGUCACAAACACCAAGCCAGCCUCGACUACAGCCACAGCCACAAGCCCCACCCUGCCCAUGACUAUGGUCCAAGUCACGAGCACGGUCACAGUAACAAAGUAAACACCAGACAUGAUCACAACCCUCCCUCCAGCCAGAGUCACAUGCACAACCACAACCCCCAUAACCGUAUGCACAGUGGACCUCACCCCCAGGCCCUCUCCCCUCGGGUAAGCACUGACAUCCUGCAGCCCUACAGCCUCAAGACCUCUAACCACUAUGGGCCCCGACCGCACCUCCCAACAUCGCCGUCCCUGCCACCCAACCCUGCCGGGGUCAUGGAUGUUCCCCAGGACCCUUGCCGCCUGGCGUCCGCACCUCACCCCCGUCACCAGCCUUACCCUGGAGCUCACCAUCAGGGUCUGACCGACUCCUGGCAUGGCUACUACCACAACAACCACCAGCCAGGGAACGCUGGUUACCAGGGGCAACAGCACAACUCCCACAGUAGAAUGGCUGCCAAUCUGGAGAUGGAGAAUGUCGCUAGUAGCCUGGACUGUGAUGUGGACUCCAUCCUGCUCAAUGACUUCAUGGACACAGAGAGCAUGGACUUCAACUUUGACGGCUCUCUGUCCCAAGGCAUGGGCAUGGGGAUGGGCAUUAGCUUGGGGGCAUUUGCUUGUCCUCCAUCAGCACACAGCAACCAGAGCUGGGUGCCAGGAUGAACCAAGGCCCAAAGGUUUGGAAUGACACAUGACCUGAAAACUCACCCACUGGGCCAGGCCGCUGGUGGGCUGUACCCUUGGACUGACUGACUGACAUUUUGUUUCCUGAGGACUACAUACACCCUCACAUCCUACUCUUUCUCUUUCUCCCCCACUCUGUUUAUAAAGCGUUCUGUCUCCAUAUUGAACCUGUCCCCCAUAUUAGCCGAGUCCCAAAGCCCCCCUUGUUCAUGCCCUUCAGUUUUUCUUUGUUUUUGGUUUUUAUGGUCUCCUUGCAAUCUCACUCUGCCUGUCCUAAGCUCUCAAGCACUUUACAUCCAUCCUUUUCACACAGAUGCAGUAACAAAACAGACCAGGCAAAGUCAGGAUGUGUGUUGGCUUAAAUUUAAUGUAUGCAAUCCACUUUACAGUAUUAUCUCCUUCUACAAAGGAGGUGUUGUUUUUGACUUGAGAACAUGAUCAAACAGUUGCAUAAAUAUCUGUAAUGUAGAGGUGCUUUUAGAUUGGGGGUUAAAAGGCAGGGAAGGCUUUGAGGGUUGAAGGAUGAAGAAGAAGGGUUUAUAGAAGAAGAGGGAAUAAGAACUAAAGGGAUGGAAGGAGAAAAAGGAAGGAGAAAAGCCUGGGUCUUCUCUCCCCAGUUUGUUUCAUUGCAGGAGGACAGCCAUACAUCAGGCAACCAACAGCACCACUCCAAUGAAAUGCAACGUCCCAUCUUUAAUCUCCAAAGUAAUGCCAGAGUAAUGCAUCACUAUUGCAAAUCUAAUGCGCCACUCUGUGUUUUUUCAACCCCCCCCUCUCCUCAACUCCGGACACACCGGCUUAAUGUGUUUUGGCGAAAGUGAUGAUUAAAGUCACUCUGCACUAAAUGGGGGGAGGGAUUGAAAGGGCUGGUUGUUGAAGAGGGGGGCACUGAGGGGAGAUGAUAGGAAAGGAGAAAUGCAAAUAUUCCCUCUGUGCCUCUUCCUCUCCAUUUGGUGGAUUUAUGUAGCUUUUCCCGUAAUGAAAUAAGCAACGAUCAGAGCCUGCUGUACAUCCUGAGGAGCUCUGUGAUUGGCCUGCGCCGGGCUGCCUCAGCGUGGCUCCUUCACCGGCUGACCCCAGAACAGCUUACCGAGCAGCUGUGGUCAGGCCAGCAUGUUGAUGGAGCUGCCGUCGUCAGACCCCAGUCAACCUUGUCUAAUUCACUAACACCCAGGUUCAAGCCCACUAUGUGCUUUUACUCCUGCGAAUUGCACACUGAUGAACAGCGUCAGCUGAUUACUGUUUGGUGCUAUCUCCUCUGCCCAGGCCCCCUCCUAUCACAGCGCCCCAUCCCGAGGUUACUCAGAGGGUAAACAAGAGUAAUUAACCGCCAAACAAGAUGGAUGAUUUAUGCAAGUGUGUGUAUUCGCUCAUCGGCACAAAGUCAUAAUUCUUUCUCCCGCCAAGAACAAGGAGGGUGAUUUUUGAGAGGUGAUGCCCAGCGACAAGGUAGGCAAGCGGCGUGCUCACAGUGUCCUUCAAGUCCUUCAAGCAUUCCCUUUACAAGCAUUCCCCGCCCUGCCCCGGCCAUAGCUUUACUUUGCUGUCGUCUUUUCUUGUGCUCGUUCUGUGAUCGUGCAGUUGUCUGUCCUGUUUUAAUACAGCAUGGAUAGAAGCUUUCGUGUGCAUUUGUUUUUCAUCAUUUCCAGAGCGGAACCAUGCAAAAGGGAAGGCAUUCGCCAACCCUUGUCCUGGCACCUGUCCCACUCAAGAUACAAAAAAUAGGAACAAGAGGGAGAAGAAAGGUGGAUAAAUACAGUGAGACUGAGCGAGGGUGGGGGGAGCUUUGUGAGUAGACAGGAUUUGUAAGAAUGGGAGAGAUUUUCCAGCUCGGUAGCUUUCUGUACAAUUGGCUGUUUGAAUCAGGCCAAAUGUCAAGUGGCGCUCAGCCAGCUCCAGCGAGCUUUGACCAGAAAGCCACUUCUCCCUGCUGAUCAAGGACAAUGACGGGUAUUUCCAUAAACGUUUCUUUUGCUUUUUUUCUUACCUUUUCAUGAGUUAAGAUAGCCCAUUGUUGUAACCCAACUGUAAUUUGUUCUCUGACCUGUGUGCACUUGUGUGUCAACCUUCUCGUGGGUGUGCGAGUGUGUGUGUGUGUGUGUGUGUGCGUGUAUCACAGUGAUGUUCAAGAAAUGAUUAAGGAAAUAUUGUUGAGAACUAACUUGCCCUGGUAUUGUCCACGUUGGGAUGAAUGCAGCAUACAUAAUAUAUACAGUUUAUAUUUAUUGGUUAGGGAGACGGGCCUAUGGAGGCCCGCUCAGACCCCUUCACUGCUUUGUCCUCUUCAUGACAAGGAGGCAGACUGCUUUCAGUUUAACUACAUUCCAUUCUGUACAUAAUCUAUAUUGAAAAAAAUUGUAUUAUAAUUUUUUUGCAAAUAUCAUUUUUUUCUUUUCUAAAAUGAUGUAUCUGCUCAUCUGGUGACCGUAAAUAAAAACAAAAAAGAACA